AUGCAAGCUGCUUGUACGGUAGAAGAAGAAAUGGCAACCCCUUGUCGAUGCUGCAAAAUAUCUUGCUGGUACAAUACUGCAAAUGCAGCAACAAAUAAAUUGGGACACGUGCCUGGUCAAGCAAGUCAACAUGAAGCUCUCGCUACUUUACGUUUAAUCCGUUUAUGUAUUCUGGUGGAAUGCGAGGAAAUAUGCCCAACAUUGCAACGUGGAUUGUUUAAACCUGUAUGA